AACAGCAGCCUACUAUCCUCUAAGAAUGAAAGCCACAAACAAAUCGUCAAGGGGAACUAUACCUUCUCUUCCUACUACCAGCACUCUUCUCCUGUGGCUGCCAUGUUCAUCGUUGCCUACAUCUUUAUCUUCUUCAUGUGCAUGAUUGGCAACAUGCUAGUGUGCAUCAUUGUGCUAAAGAACCGGCAGAUGCGAACGGUCACCAACAUAUUUAUCCUGAAUCUGGCUAUCAGUGAUGUCUUGGUGGGGAUCUUCUGCAUGCCAACGACCCUGGUGGACAACUUGAUUACUGGCUGGCCAUUUGACAUUGUCAUGUGCAAGAUGAGUGGGCUGGUCCAAGGGAUGUCUGUCUCAGCUUCUGUCUUCACCCUGGUGGCCAUCGCAGUAGAAAGGUUCCGUUGUAUUGUGUACCCAUUCAGGCAGAAGCUAACCCUAAGGAAAGCCCUGAUCACCAUUGUUAUCAUCUGGGUCUUAGCUUUGAUCAUUAUGUGCCCCUCAGCAGUCACCUUGACCGUCACCAGGGAUGACUACCACUUCAUGGUAGAUGCCUACAACCAUUCCUACCCACUCUACUCCUGCUGGGAGGCCUGGCCAGACCAGGAGAUGCGUAAGAUCUACACCACCAUUCUUUUCUCCCACAUUUACCUUGCUCCUCUUACUUCGAUUGUUAUUAUGUAUGCUCGUGUUGCCUUCAAACUGUUUAAAUCAUCUGCACCCAUACGAGGCUCCCAGUCAGAGGACAACGAGGGGAGAAGGGUCUCCAAGAGGAAAAUUAAAGUGAUCAACAUGUUGAUAAUUGUAGCAUUGUUCUUCACUCUCUCGUGGUUGCCUCUAUGGACUUUAAUGCUCUUGACAGACUAUGGGAACCUAACUGAGCAUCAACUGAACCUCAUUACAGUUUAUUUUUUCCCCUUUGCCCACUGGCUGGCUUUCUUUAACAGCAGCAUUAACCCAAUCAUCUAUGGGUACUUCAAUGAGAACUUCAGGAGAGGUUUCCAAGAGGCCUUCAAAGUCCAGCUCUGCUCCAUGGAGAAGAGAGACAAGGACACCUAUUCUGAAAGGAACAACAGCGGGUUCCUUUUUGGGGCACGUAAUCGGAUUUUUGUGGAAGUUCAAGGCAGUGACUCAGCACAGCCCUCUGAAUCUGGCCAAAGCAGCCUUUUGAAGGCAGGAUUAUUCCCAUCAAGGAAUGGACGGGCAGCUCACCAUGGGUUCGUGGUUGAGGAUUUUGACAGUAAAGGUUGUUCUCCCAAUACUGUCAGUGUCCCAGCUUGGGAUAUCUAAGGAUAUUUCAGACUCCACAGGCUGGUGCUGACUUUGCUAGAUAUCAUUGUGUCACACAGCAGCACACAUGUGAACCAAACACAUGUCAAGGUGGCUUCUCAAAACCAAACUCUUUACCCUGUAAUCUGUGCAGGGACAUGGGAUUUUCAUAUCCCACAUGGAAGGAUUUUCGCUUCUUCUAGUCAGAGGUUUAGAUACUUCAGUGUGGCUUGGAUGAGUUUUGAGAAAGUGAUUUUAUUUAAAAAUGUGUAUCCCUCAUCAAACCUCAAUAAAUGGGGCGGAGGAGGCCUCAGGCUAUAUUUUGUGGCUCUAGGACUGAUUUCCUUGUGUUAGAAGGAAAUAGGACAGAACCCUCCUUUGGAAGAAGGCUUCUUAGCAGGAGCACAAUUGACUAUGACUGGUCAACAAUUUCAUUUAUUGGACACUAUUGGUGUGCUACCUCAGUAAAGAAACAACAAAGUAAGACUGAGAAAUAAGAGGACGAAAAGCAUUCAUUCUGAGAACAAGAGCACCAAAUGUUUGUAGUGUCUCCACAAAGAGAGACACAAAAAAUGAUGAAUCAUUUAUUCUGCAUCAACCUAAUACUCCCUUUAUCUUUUGUGACACUAUGUCAGAGCACUAUGAGAUGGUUACAGAGAGCUUGGUAAAGUUAUGUUUUUGGACUACAGCUGCCAGAGUCAUCUAGCCAGCAUGGUCAGUGGCUAUACCAAACUCUAGACAAGUCAUAGGAGGACUGAGGAAAAAGAAUCACACUGGUGUUUCUGUGGUCACAAGAGGUCACUUCAUCUAAAGGGCUAAACUGGGUUGUCACU